AUGGCCACAGUGCCCCUGCCACCGGAAUGGAUUGUGCGUGUGUCCCGCUCGAAAGGCAAAUUAUACUACUAUCAUAUUCCUACGAAAAAAGUGCAGUGGUCACGCCCCACACUUGAAGAAGUACAUGCAGCAAAUGCGGCGCAGGAUCAAUCGAAUAAAACAGUUGACAGAGAUGGGAACAUCAAGCGUCAGAAACUCGAUAUUUCUGAUGACACAUCAGUUGUCAAGCACAAAACCAGCGUCUUUCAAGCUCUCAUUGCAGCUGCCAUGCGCGUCGGUACAAGCUAUUUAAGCCAUCGGACAAAGAAGACACUAGAGUUCACUCCGUGGCCGCAUCAAUUAGCAGCAGUUGAGAAUAUCAUAACAGCCAUCCAGACACGAAUGGUGUCAGCCAAAGCAAUGCCUACAAAGACAGAAUGCUUCUUACUACAACACAGCACCGGUGCAGGCAAGACGCUGACAAUAUCGGCGCUUACGCACCAGCUAUUGCUCGUCAAGGACGCUGUUUCGAUGCAAUUCCAUACAGUGCUAGUCAUGUUGGAUCGCGUCAAACUGGAUGAACAAGUGGGAGAUGCAGUGGAGAUGUAUUUGCGUCGCAAUGGGAUUGAUGAAGUGCUACGAGCUGAGAGCAUCAAACAUCUGGCCAAGGUAUUGGAUGAGACGACGAUGCAAAGCCCACAAAGAGUGAUAAUUACUACAACUCACAAGUUGGGACUCCUUAUGAAAGAUAAUGUGAUGCUGACAAGAUUGCUGUAUCGUCGGUCAAAUCAUACGGUUAAUGCUAGUACAAUAGAUGAUAAAGCUGAAACGAAGAAUAUUUAUCAGCGAGUUGCGAUCAUCACGGACGAAGCCCACCGAUCCCACUCAUCUUCUACUCGUAAUGCUAUCGAGACAGUUUUGCAGGCCGGAACUGGCAUUCGUACCCAACUCACGUUUAUUGGCUUUACAGCAACCCCAAACAAUGUUGCUCUUGAGCUUUUUGGUUCUCAGACAGAAGAUGCUUUUAGCCGGCCAUUUCAUUGCUAUCCGAUUUCAGCCGCCACAGCCGAUGGUCGCAUUAUGAACGUUCUUGAAGACUAUACUUGUGUGAGUUGCAAUGUGGAGACGUGUGUAUUUCCCCAACAAAUCAAUGAGCUACUUGAUAAAAAUCUUGGUGCUCGACGCCGUCUCCUUGACCACGCAAGUAACGAUGUUGCAGUCUUGAAGGCCAAGGCACUGAUAAUGAUGGCAGACUUUGAAACUAUGAAGCAGAAAAAUCCGAGGAUAAAAUGUAUGAUAGUAGUUCGCAGUCGUGACGACGUCGUUCGCUUUUACAAGAUGAUCACCGCAUUUGUGUUCAAGCGAAAGCUUGGCUGGAACUGCUACGCUGCUUUUAGUGGCUCUGUAAUGUUGACCGAUAAGUCCGUCACUGAACAGACGCUAAAUCAACAGAGUGUUACCUUAGCCGUAAGUGACAUCGUGAUUGUCUGUGAUAAACUCGACACGGGUUACAAUGAGCCUUUGCUUGCGUGCAUGUACGUUGAUCGCUAUUUUCGCGCUAGCACGCACACGGUACAGCUUCUAAGUCGUUUGAAUCGACGUCAUAAGCAUAAGCCCAGCGUUCGCGUUUUAGAUUUUGCAAACCAUCCGGCACAAGUCCGUCGAAAUUUUUCCGACUUUUGGCGAGAAAAAAAGCUUUUGGUAUCUGCUACCGCCAUCGAUGUAGUGGUUGAGAAGGAAAAUGUUGUGACUGCUGUUACGAUUCUAUGUGACUAUUUGUCAGAGCUCUGUGCUUGUCCAGUUGACAUCAAAGACAUUCGCGUUUUUGUUAAAGAGCGCGUACUUUUAUUGGAGCGUGAUGCAUUCCAACAAGUGCUGGAUGCACUUCGUUGCGCCGACAUAGCUUAUAAAAGGCUUGAACAAACUAGUUGUGCUGAUUAUUUCGACUUUAUUGCCCCGUUUAGUUACUGUUUACUACAUGAAAUCAGAAAGGAGACUGAAAGUCACAUAGUGACAGUGGAGGCAGAUGUUGAGCUGUCUCUGAAUGAUGUUAUGAGUAAAAUGUCGGCUCGUGUUCAAAGUUACUGCAAAAGUUUCUCUGGAGCGUUGUAUCCCCAGUCGCUUCAGGACCGUCUGGAAUGUGGUGUGAUAUAUCAAAAAAUGGUUUCAUGCUUGCUUCAAUUCGGGGAACUGGAGUAUUAUGAAGCUUUUCUCGCCUUGAACGCCGAUCGGAAUAAGCGACAGACGUUGAAUUCGUGUGCUGCUACUCAAGUUGUCGAGGCCAGUUCGAAAUUUACAGUACCAUCUGAAUUUACGGAAGGACCGCAAAAAAUCGAAGAAUCGCGAUUGACAGCACAAAUUCGUGCUCUGCGACACGAUUUCAUCAAAGUCAUGCAUGAUACCUGA